GAGUAACGUAACGGAGUGACGCAGCGGACGUGCGGCCACAGAAGGCGGGGCUUCUCUCUGCUGCUCUACGAUCAUUAUAAGGAUAAUGACUUUCCUCAUGUCCUUGCACUCCAACCCAGUGCUUCGGAAAACAAAUCUGGCUGUGUGGAGAGCAUGCUGGAGGUCAUGGAAGUCAAGAUUGCACUCUUCUACAGUUUGUACAUCUUCUGGUCCUGGUCCACUAAACGGACCUGAAGAAGUGUCGCCUGUUUCACAUGAAAAUGCUCCUCACAAUCCUGUCAUGCUUAGAGAGGUGCUUCAAUACUUAGACAUCCAACACGGUCAGGUGGUCCUGGACAUGACAUUUGGAGGUGGUGGUCAUACCAAAGCGAUUCUGAAUUUGGUUCCUGAAGUCACCGUCCUGGCUUUAGACCGGGAUCCCACGGCCAUUUCUCUGGCAGAGCAGCUAGCCAAGGAACACACUGGUCGUGUGAAACCCUUACUUGGCAGAUUCAGCAAGCUUGAAGCCCUGCUGUCUGAAAUGAACAUGAAGCCAGGCAGCGUGGAUGCUGUCCUGCUGGACGCUGGCUGCUCCUCCAUGCAGAUGGAUCAGGCCGACAGAGGCUUUUCCCUCAGUAAGGACGGGCCUCUGGAUAUGAGAAUGGAUGGAGAGAGGUACCCCGACAUGCCCUGCGCUGCUGACGUUGUGAAUACCUUAGAUCAACAGGCUCUUGCAUCCAUCCUCACUGCAUAUGGGGAAGAAAGACACGCCUGGAAAAUAGCUUCAGCCAUUGUGGAGGCACGUCGUGUCAACCCCAUCACCCGGACGCAGCAGCUGGCCAGCGUGGUGGCAGGAUCACUUCCUGCAGCUGUUGUCUAUGCACGUAAAGACCGGCUCCACCGACCUGCACAUGUGGCCACUAAGACAUUCCAAGCUCUGCGUAUCUUAGUGAACGAUGAACUGAACGAACUCCACGCAGGGCUGUGUGCCGCCCGGGCAGCACUAAGACCUGGAGGACGUCUCUGCGUGAUCACCUUUCAUUCUCUAGAAGACAGACUGGUCAAACGUUUCCUUCAAGGAGAAGACUUGUCUAAUCUGGACCAGUAUCACUUUAGCCCGAGGAAGGGGGGGAAGGGAAAGAUGUUGGAUGAAAAAAGAGAUGGUGGGAGUUUGUAUUGGCGUCCUCUGCGAAGAAAAGUGAUCACCCCAGAGAGGGAAGAUGUCAAAGACAAUCCUAGAGGACGCUCUGCUAAACUCAGGGCAGCUCUCAGGUGUUAAUUUAUGUACGAGAAUCUUUUUUUCUUUAAAUGUUUGAGUUGUUUUUUUUUUUUGACAUCCAGAGUAUUUUUUAACUAUUACUACUAUUAUUAUUCAACAAUAGUUACGUAAAGGCUUUAGAUUAAGUUACAUAGAUAAACUUGUACUGUAUUUAUGUCUUUUUAUUCUUGCCUUUAAAUGUACUUCUGUUCCAGUCAUAUGCUCCAAACAUCAGCUGCCUAUGGCAGUGGCUGGUGGCUGGUUUUUAUUUAAAAAAAAGUAUGAUUGUAUAGUAACGGGUGGAGAAAAUGACCCCACUUCUCAUUUGAUCAUUUAGCUUCUUUAACAUAUAACUAACGAUUUAAAAUUGAUGAUACUGGGACACUGGUGGUGCGGUGGUUGGUGUGCACGCCCCAUGUAUAGAGGCUGUAGUCCUCCAAGCGGGCGGCCCAGGUUCAAAUCCUACCUGUGGCUCCUU